UAUUGAAUUUUGGAACUGUUAUCAUAUCCAAUAAAUUGAAGAAGAUAAGUUCUAACAAAACAAAAUUGGUUAAUGAAAUAAAUGAAAUUGAUUUGAAUUCACCAAAAAGAUUUUUGGUAAAACACAAACAAUGCAAAACUAGGCACGAUGGUUCUUGUUGGUGCCAACCACCUCUCUGCAUUGAUGUUAUGCUCCAGAAAGCUCGUGCGUUAUGUGUUUUUCAAACGUUGUCUGUUGCGGAAUCUUUGUACUUCAAAUGUAGAACCAGAAACCUUACCCACUAAAAUUGAUGCAAAGAUACAUGCUCUUUCUACACAAGGCAACAUUGAAGAAGCUCUUUCACUUCUUUACACACACUGUUCUCUGUCCCUUCAAACCUAUGCCUCUCUGUUCCAUGCUUGUGCUCAGAAAAAGUGCCUCCAACAUGGCAUGGCUCUGCACCAUUACAUGCUGCAGAAAGACCCCGCAUUUCAAAAUGACCUUUUUCUCACCAAUCACAUCCUAAACAUGUACUGCAAGUGUGGCCACUUAUCCUAUGCCCGCUACGUGUUUGACCAAAUGUCACGCAGAAACAUUGUUUCUUGGACUGUUCUCAUUUCGGGGUAUGGCCAAUCUGGCCUAAUCAGAGAGUGUUUCUUUCUCUUCUCUGACUUGCUGGCUCGCUUUCGCCCCAACGAAUUUGCUUUUGCAAGUUUGCUUAGCGCCUGUGAGGAGCGUGACAUUGAAUGUGGCACACAGGUACAUGCAGUUGCUUUGAAAAUUUCUUUGGAUGCCAAUGUAUAUGUUGCAAAUGCUCUUAUUGCAAUGUAUAGCAAGCACUCUGGCUCCCCCGGAGGUUAUGAUGGGAGAGCGGACGAUGCGUGGACCAUGUUCAAGUCAAUGGAAUUCCGAAAUCUUAUAUCUUGGAAUUCAAUGAUUGCAGGUUUUCAACUUCGUGGACUUGGGGACAAAGCCAUUCGCCUGUUUACACACAUGUACAGCAGUGGAAUUGGGUUUGAUCGUGCCACGCUGCUUAGCGUCUUUUCUUCACUGAAUCAAUGUAGUGCUGUUCACGACAUUAACGUGAAUCUCAGGAAAUGUUUUCAAUUGCACUGUCUGACUGUUAAAAGCGGUCUUAUUACAGAAGUUGAAGUGAUAACUGCAUUGAUAAAAUCCUACGCAAAUCUUGGAGGACCCAUUUCUGACUGUUAUAGGAUCUUCCAUGAUACAAGUAGCCAACUGGAUAUUGUGUCUUGGACUGCACUUAUUUCUGUGUUCGCAGAACGGGAUCCUGAGCAGGCUUUCCUCCUUUUCUGUCAGCUUCAUCGUCAAAAUUAUUUUCCAGACUGGUAUACAUUCUCCAUUGCCUUAAAAGCUUGUGCAUAUUUUGUUUCAGAAAAACAUGCCAUGGCUAUUCACUCACAAAUAAUUAAAAAAGGAUUUCAGGAAGAUACUGUUCUUUGUAAUGCCUUGAUACAUGCUUAUUCGAGGUGUGGCUCGUUGGCUUUGUCUGAACAAGUAUUUGAUGAAAUGGGCUACCGUGAUUUGGUUUCUUGGAAUUCAAUGCUCAAGUCUUAUGCCAUACAUGGGAAAGCUAGAGAUGCACUGGAGCUCUUCCAGCAAAUGGAAGUCUGUCCAGAUUCAGCUACCUUCGUUGCCCUUCUCUCAGCUUGUAGUCAUGUCGGACUGGUUGAUGAAGGAGUGACAUUGUUUAACUCCAUGUCUGAUGAUCACUGUAUUGCUCCUCAACUAGAUCACUAUUCCUGCAUGAUUGACCUUUAUGGACGAGCUGGAAAGAUAGUUGAGGCUGAGGAAUUAAUACGCAAAAUACCAAUGAAACCUGACUCUGUGAUUUGGAGUUCAUUACUUGGAUCUUGCAGGAAGCAUGGUGAGACUCGCUUAGCCAAAUUAGCAGCUGAUAAAUUUAAAGAGUUAGAACCAAACAAUUCAAUGGGGUAUGUACAAAUGUCAAACGUAUAUUCCUCUGCCGGUAGUUUUACAGAAGCUAGUUUGAUUAGGAAAGAAAUGAGUAACUAUAAAGUAAGAAAAGAACCAGGAUUAAGUUGGGUUGAGAUUGGCAAGCAGGUUCAUGAAUUUGGCUCUGGUGCUCAAUACCAUCCGCAUAAAGGGGCCAUAUUAAGACAGCUUGAGAUAUUGUUUGGAAAAUUGAAAGAGAUGGGUUAUGUGCCGGAGCUUAGCUUAGCCUUAUAUGACACCGAAGUGGAACACAAAGAAGACCAGUUACUUCAUCACAGUGAGAAGAUGGCAUUGGUAUUUGCCAUAAUGAACGAAGGAAGUUUGCCAUGUGGUGGGAAUGUCAUUAAGAUAAUGAAGAAUAUUCGUAUUUGUGUGGACUGCCACAACUUCAUGAAAUUAGCAUCAUCUCUAUUUCAGAAGGAGAUUGUUGUUAGAGAUUCAAACCGCUUUCACCACUUCAAAUAUGCAACUUGUUCUUGCAACGACUAUUGGUAAAAUACGGCCUGCUUUUUCCCAAUGACUGGUAUAACUAUUGGUAGCUCCCUACCUGAAUUUUUCAGCUAGAUCCAACUGUGCCUGAAUGGUGGAACCUUUAGGUCUAGUUUCUUUAGUUGAGUAAGCACAUCUAAAAACAGUUCUUCAUUCCUCAUAUUUAUCAGGACGUAAUAAUUACAUAGGGUGAUUGUUCUGAGUUUUUAACCGAAUGAUCUAAUAAAUAUCUUA